CGCUGCGCACACACUUGCUUGGGUAGCAACUCUCUCUCCCUCCCCUCUCUUAAAACAAGCAGUGAAGUCAGAGUGAUGUCAUACCAGGAUGCUAGUGCCUGGCAAGGUGAGAUAGCUUUUUGGUGAGUGGUGUUCUCCACGGCCAGCGUUGCCAAUCCAACGGCGCGGAGCUGCGAAAGAUGGUAAUCAUCACCACCACCACCUCAAGCUCAGUCGCGCGUUCUCCUUUUUCUAGCCCUCGGCUCCCGGGCCACCGUUCCAUGCCCGACGCUCUGAUCUGCCUUCUUAAAAUAAUCCUUUACCACCAUGCCAAAGGAAGAAAAACAAGAAGAGCGGUAUUUUUAGGGCCGUUAACUCUGACCACGUGCCCUGAAGGUAAACCGGAUGGCAAUUGCGCAAAGGUGCCUCAUCAGUAUGUCCUACGAGGCCAGCACGCACUGGACGUUGACUGCAAUUGUUCUCUUGGGGUCUGUUUUGGGGAUUGUGUCAUCAUAUCCGAUUCCAAGCAGGACUAAUGCAACUUUAUUGGAAAGAAGGUGGGAGACCCUAUUCUCCCGCUCCUUUCUGGGGAUUUCUGGCGAGAAAUCAGACAUGAACUGGGAGAACGACUACUUGCUGGGCAUAAAGAGAGUGCGGCGACUUUACUGCAACGUAGGCAUUGGGUUUCACCUGCAGGUUCUCCCAGAUGGCAGGAUAAAUGGUAUACAUAAUGAGAACCCAUACAGUCUAAUAGAGAUCUCUACAGUGGAUCGAGGAGUGAUAAGCAUGUACGGAGUGAGAAGUGAGCUGUUUGUCGCAAUGAACAGCAGAGGAAGGUUAUACGGGACGCCGGUCUUUCGGGACGAGUGUAAGUUCAAGGAGACCUUGCUGCCAAACAACUACAACGCCUACGAGUCGUUUGUUUACAAGGGCUCCUACAUCGCCCUCAGCAAAUAUGGCCGACUGAAGAGAGGCAAUAAGGCUACCACCGCCAUGACAGUGACACACUUCCUCCCCCGACUAUGAGCAGAACUCGCAAUAACUCUUUAAUUUGCACAUGUGGAUGUUCUUCCAGGUAAUAUAGAAAAUACAUAUUCAUUUACCGUAAUGACUGGCGGACUGCAAGAGUUACACAUUAUUUGGAUAGCUAACUUUGUAUUACAACUGAUGUAUUAUGCCAUUCUGUGCUGCUUAUAGUUUGUAACGUUAUUGUUGGGGAAGUCGAAUACUUUGCCAGUCUCAACACUUUACUUUGGUGCUUGCUGUAACAGAAGUUCACCUCACUCUGUCUUUGGGAUGGAGGACUAGAUGUAUCCUUGGAAAGAGUGAAAUGGAUACUUUUUAUUACCUCAAAGAACUACUUGACUGGAUGAAGGAUGCAUGGAGUUAUACUCAAAAAUACCUGCUAAGUUUAUCCUUUCUCUGAGGGCUUUGAGUGCUUGACUCCUCUGUUGAACACUGAUGUCCAGCCAGGGGAACCCCAGACAACCUAAAUGCACUUCUUUUGCUGCACGAUGUGAAGGUGCCUUGCUGUUCCCACUUGUGGCCCCCUUCUUCUUGCAUGUAAGAUACACCCACUGAAGUCAGAAAUAGGCUGACACUCUGAAGAGGGCCUCAGGGGGGCAAGACUAUCUCUGGUUUAUUUUCUUUUUCUGUCAUUCGAACCGAUUUAGGUUUGAACAGUGAGACCCAAGGACUCUCAGCUUUGUGUAGUGGUGGAGCCUGAGGUGAGCCUAGCUGCCCACCUAGAAGUUCAAUAAUGUGGGGCAAUCAUAAUAAUAACAGGGUUGGAUAACUGUUUGUCCAUAACUGGUGUCAAAUUAUAUUGGCCCAAAACUCUAUUUUUUGCAUUCUGAAAUGAAUAGAUUAACUGUAUUAAUAACAUGCAAGCACACAGUGGAAAAAUACUACAUGUCACCUACAUGGGACACUGCUAGCAUACAAUCCAAACACUUCUGUUUUGGUGCUUCUGGUAAGUGUGUGAGAUGUAAAAUUGCAAGCUUUGUGCAUCGCUGUGGAAAAAAGUCUAAACAGGCUACUGACUAAGAAGCCAAUUAACAAUGUUGUAAAUAGUGAGAAUGUGAGACAUUGCUAAAGAGAAAGAGAAGCUUUACUUUGCCUGGUGGAAAUACAGAGUUCAGGUUGCACAAUGACCAUCAAUGAUGGUGCCUAAUAGUUUUGGUAAGAAUCAUUACCACACAUAUUUAUUUAUUUGUUUGUUGAAGUGUUCAAUGGAUUUCCACUGAGUGAGGUGUGUGCUGUGGGCAGGCUUCAUUGCAGCAGCAACUACAGUGGAGAUGGUGUUUGGAGCUGUCUUUUAAAAUGUAAUUAUGGGACAGUUAUUAGAUAGUCCAUGUGUGUCACUGGAUUGGGGGACAUUUCAGUUAUUUAUUGAUUUUUUUGUUUAACAUGCUGCUGGUUACUUUUAAACUGAUUCUCAUAAUACCACACCCUGGCACUGAGAGAGUUGGACUAUUUCAAUCCAGUAAAGACGUAUGGGACAAUCCUGCCUGCUGUCUCUUGUUUGAUGAAACUCCUUUAAGAAUGUGGCUGUCGUAGCAUGUCAGGCUGCCUCCCACAUACCUGAACAACCCCCCACUGAGCAUUAUCAGCCCACCACCAAUCACUUACACCCCCAGGAACCUUGGGAUGCCAGCAGUAACCCAGCAGCUUCCUCUUCUGCUUCAAUCCUAUUUUAGUUCAAGGUCACAGACCACCGUUGGUCCUAACCAGGUGUCCAUGGCAGUCUGCUAUUUGGGGCACCGUUGUUCCACCCAACACUUUGUGAUAGCCAUGCUAGUAUCUCUGUACUGAGUGCAUUUACACCAAACCCAUUUUAGUAUUACUUUGCUAGUUCACAUUCAGCUCUAGGGUAUACAGAUUAUUUCUCUUAUUCAGACAGUGGUUUUAAUAGUCACUGUGGGUGGACCAUCAGUGGCCUCCAAGACCUUUAUCUUGUCCUUAACUGCUCCUGUAAGUGUAGCUCUAAAAGAGGAAUUCUACAGGGAGUAGUUGUUACUUUCCACAUUAUAAUGCCUGACAAUGCAUGUUCUAAGGGAGCUGCAUUGCUUUCAAACAAUCUUAUCUCUCUCCUGGUGAUAUUAGAACAGCUGGUGUGUGUGCGUGAGUGUGUGUGCAUUUGUGUGCGUGUGCAUGAAAUGCAGCUCCUUACACCCCUUCCUCCCCACUCUCUGCUAGUACAUCUCUGGAUAUUUCUGGGAGGGGACAUCUGCAGACUUGAUGCAGUGCGUGAGGCGGAAAAGUGCAGAAUCACACAGAACAGAGCAGAGCCUCCCUAGUACACCCUGUCUUUAACAGACCCUUGGGCCAAUGUGAUCCCAGGAAUAACCUAAUGUGACCUGAAAACCAGUCUCCCAUGACAAAACACCAUAGGCAGCUUUUUCGACCCUACCAUUACUUAUCAGAAAGGCCUUAGUGGCACAUUCAGCUUGAACAGCUGGAGAGUUUCAUUUUGCUGUGGUACAGUCUGUAAGACCCCAUAUUUCCACUCAGAAUUGAAUGGAAGUUACAAGGUAUUAUGCUAGUUUGUCUGUGACAGUUUUGUAUUUUGUAUUUUAAAGAUUGUAACCCCAAAACUUACAAUCCUUUAGCUCAUUAUCAUGCCAUCCGCCAACAGGAAUAAUUUCCUGACUGAUGUAAUGUGGAUCAAAGUGUCGUUGAGUAGAAAAGGUUUUGUUGCUGUUGUGGGAUGACACUGCAUGGGAUACAUGUAUUAUGGAAUAAUGAUUGGCACAGCUGAACAAAAAACAUUCACUGUCAUUCUGUGUUGAUGUAUCUUUUGUGUAGUCAAUUGUUACUUAUUCACAUCAUGAACAGUUUAGAACAAAUUGCAUUAUGACUGUUGUUUGUAAAGUAUGAUUUAGACAGGCAGAGCACUAAUAUAUACUAAUAUCAACAUUAGAAGUUUUACAACUGAACUGGCAUGUGUGUUCUGUGUAUGUGUGUAUUGUGUGUGUGUGUGUGUGUGUGUGUGUGUGUGUGCGUGUGUGUGUGUAUGCACGUGUUUACAGGAGAGUGUAUCUUGCCCUCCGUUAAUAAUGUUAUAAGAUGUCUAUAAUCCCAAGGUGCACCUUAUCAAAGACAUCUUAAAAAUUCUGGACACAAUGUGAAGAAAAGUGAGCUAAAAAAACACAUUGAGUUUCUCAUGCUUGAACAUGAUAAUAGGAUGGUUACAAAACCUAAAGAUGGAACCUAAAGGUAAACAGUUGUAGUCUGCAUGGAGAAGCUUUGUUUCAGCUUUGACCAAAAAGUCUUUUAAGAGGGUCUCACCUUUUGAGAAGGCAUCAUUUGUGAAAUGUGUUAUCUGUUCAUUUCAGUAGAUGAGAUCCUAUUAGUCUCAGUGCAAGAAGUGCAGAAUGUGCAGUGCAGAAUGCGAGAAUAUGUCAGAACCCCAAACGCGGUUAGGUGUGUGUGUCUGCAUGUGUUCCCCGUGUGUGUUGGCAGAACUUUUUCUCUCUUUGUUUUGUACCCCUGCACUAAGGGGAGUGAGCUUUCACCUGUACCCCUCCUCUCUGUAAACAUAUACCUCACCUUCUGCCUUAGUUUGGAUUUGUUGUAACUGUCUGAGGAAACAACAGACUUCUCUGAUAGUUUGUUUCUGAAAACAAUUGCUACGUUAGUUAAUAUUAAUAUAAGAAAAAAUGUCUUUCCUUUUAUUUUUGUACGUAUGUGCUAUGCACAGCAGUCUACUGUAUUCCUAAGAUACCAAUAAAAGUUUUUUUUUUAAUUG